AUGGAGACCAUCAGGGGUCUCCUGUGGAAGCCCACACCAGAGGAGCAGAAGCGUAAAUGCAACGCCCUCGUCCGCCAAAAUGUCCGCAAACUCGACCGCGACAUCCAACAGCUCAAAGCCACGGAGCAAAAAACCAAAACGCUGAUCCAACAAUCCUCCAAACGCGCCCAACGCAACCCUUCCAUGGCAAAGCAAGCCAACCAAGACGUGCGCAUCUUCGCCCGCGAACUCAUCCGCGUACGGAAACAAAACAAUCGGCUCAUGACGUCCAAGGCGCAGCUCAACAGCGUGCAGAUGCAAGUCAACGAAGCCUUCUCGGUGCGUAAAAUCGAAGGCAGCAUCAAGGCGAGCACAGGCAUCAUGAAGGAUGUAAACAGUCUGGUGCGAUUGCCAGAACUGACGGGCACAAUGCGGGAGCUAAGCUCUGAGCUGAUGAAGGCGGGUAUCAUUGAAGAGAUGCUGGAUGACACGUUGGGCGAGAACGAGAUGUUGGAGGGUGAGGCUGAUGAAGCCGAGGAGGAGGUUGACAAGGUGUUGAGUGAGGUGCUCAAGGAUAGGUUACCGCCGAGUAAAGCCAAGGAAGAAGAACUGCCUAGUGCGCCACAAGCUGAGGAGGAGGAAGAAGACGAUCAAGCCGAAAUGCUCGCCCAGAUGCGGGGACGGCUUGAGGCGCUCAAGAGCUGA